AUCUAGAGGUCUGUCACUGUGCUGUCAAAUCAUUACUGGUCUGUGGAUCUUUGAUCACAUCUGUUCACUGCUAGAAACAUUGACGUGCUUUUACGUAACAUUUUUCUUCCGAAUAAGUAUACUUGCCAUCAAGAAUGCUGGGCAGGAUUGGCAGGAAGCAGGCAGCGGUAGCGGCGAGCUUUGUCUCGUCCGCGGCGGGGUAUGGUGGCUGCGCCUUCCUGGCGCUGCUGUACGUGACCGACUGGAAGGUGUUCGUCACAAAGAUCCCCUACUACGGCAGCCAGUUCAAGGAUCUGCCGCCCAGCGAAUGAGCCUAAGCGAGACUGUGUUUCUUGUAAUUUAUCUAGUGUAAUAUAAGUUAUAGUACAUGUAA